CCAUUCUCCAAGCGUCACCGGGUGUAUGUAAUUUUCGACAUUACGGACCGAAGACCGGGAGAUUGUUUAAAUUCAUGUGCGGAACAGUGCCACGUGUCUGGUGAGCUAAUGCCUUCCAAGGCUGUUUCUGUGCGCUCAAGAUUGCCGCCUCCACCACCGAAAGGAUGUUUUGGCGCUCGUCACCAGUUGGCGCUGUUGAGCUUCCUGGGCUUCUUCAAUGUCUAUGCUCUCCGGGUUGACCUGAGUAUCGCCAUGGUUGCCAUGGUGAACCAAACAGCGGUGAAACACAUGGCCAAUGAAACAGUAAGCGACUGUGUGAAGGAUCUGCCAACCAAUGGGACCGUGGACGAUGCUGCGGAAGGAGAGUUUGUUUGGACCCCAGAGACCCAAGGCAUCGUUCUCGGCUCCUUCUUCUAUGGUUAUAUCUGCACCCAACUCAUCGGCGGGAUUCUGGCGCAGCGAUUUGGUGGGAAACUGAUCUUCGGUCUCGGUGUUUUCUGUACAGCUGCGCUAACCCUUCUCACCCCACUAGCGGCACGAUGGAGUGUGGGGAUGCUCAUAGCAUUGCGAAUACUUGAGGGGUUUGGUGAGGGCGUGACGAUACCAGCGAUGCACGCCAUGUGGUCGAAGUGGGCGCCACCUUUGGAGAGGAGUAAACUUGGCACGUUUUGUUACUCGGGGAUGCACCUUGGUACAUUCGCCGCAAUGCCCAUCUCUGGGUUGCUGUGUCAGUAUGGCUUCGCUGGUGGUUGGCCCUCGGUCUUCUAUGUGUUUGGUGCUCUUGGCUGUGUAUGGUUCAUCUUCUGGAUGAUGUUUGCCUACGACUCUCCCGCUACGCACAAAUUCAUUUCGCGAGCUGAAAAAGAUUACAUUGAAAAGUCGAUAGGAACUUAUGAAAAACCAGCCUCCCAUCGUCUUCCCAUCAAAGAGUGGCUGAAGUCAGCGCCAGUUUAUGCAGUAGUCGUGGCACACACGUGUAACAACUGGGGCUACUAUACCAUGCUCACAUGCAUGCCCACGUACAUGAAGGUCGUGCUCGGUUUCGAUAUAAAAAAAAACUCCCUGCUGUCCGCCAUUCCAUACGCAAUAUUCUGGGCGAUUGGAAACAUUGGUGGACAGCUCGCUGAUAUAUGUCGAUUCCGUGGUGUGGCUAGCACGACUAAUGUCAGAAAGUCGCUAACUGUCCUUGGACUAUGGGUUCCAGCCAUGGCCCUGUGGGGCAUCCACUGGGUUGGCUGUGAUCAUUCCUUGGCGACUGCCCUACUCAUGCUGUCUAUAGGAAUGAACGGGCUGCACCUCUGUGGAUUCUUUGUGAAUCAUUUGGAUAUUGGACCAAAUCAUGCUGGUAUUUUACUGGGGAUCUCAAACACGCUAGCAACCGUUCCAGGAAUGCUCGGGCCCUAUGUCGUUGGCGUCCUGACCAAUAAAAAUCAGACACGUUUCCAGUGGCAAAUCGUCUUUUACAUCGCUGCGGCCAUCUUUGUUUUCGGUGCCAUCUUUUUCGUAAUCUUCGGCAGCGGAGAGCGACAACAUUGGGAUCACUAUGAGGUCAAACCAGAAAAAGAUUCCGAGGAGGAGGAGGAAACAAGCUUUUUUCUUGACCAGACAAAAUAUCAAUACGAACCUUUGCUCAUGACGUAACUUGGUCAAGAACCUUUGUACUGUCACUCUGCCUCUGCUUCUGAUUCAUGUCGGCCAUCUUGUGUUUAUGUCGGCCAUCUUGUGUUUAUGUCGGCCAUCUUGAAUAUGAUGUCAAACAUCUGGUGAUCAAUAACACAGAUGUUGCUCUACAUCCGUGUCAAUGAACAUGUCGAUGAUGGAAAUUUUAGAAUUUUUUCAUAAUUAUCACCAGUGCAUUCCAGAUAUAUAUUAAAACAUGUUUAAUAAUGUAUAUAAUAAUAUACCGUACUGUAGUCAUUAGUAUUUAUGAAAAAAUAAAUAGUCUGCUGUGGAUAUAAAUUGAUCAUUUAUAUUCAUUUUCCAUGAGUGAGCAUCUCGUACAAACUAUAUGCUAUCUAACAGUAUCGCCAGGUCAGCUCUGUUAGGUGAAGCCGACACUAUGCCACUGGCAAGUCUACAGAACCCACGUCAGCUCUGUUAGGUGAAGCUGACACUAUGCCACUGGCAAGUCUACAGAACCCAUGUUAGCUCUGUUAGGUGAAGCUGACACUAUGCCACUGGCAAGUCUACAGAACCCACGUUAGCUCUGUUAGGUGAAGCUGACACUAUGCCACUGCCAAGUCUACAGAACCCACGUCAGCUCUGGUAGGUGAAGCUGACACUAUGCCACUGCCAAGUCUACAGAACCCACGUCAGCUCUGUUAGGUGAAGCUGACACUAUGCCACUGCCAAGUCUACAGAACCCACGUUAGCUCUGUUAGGUGAAGCUGACACUAUGCCACUGGCAAGUCUACAGAACCCACGUUAGCUCUGUUAGGUGAAGCUGACACUAUGCCACUGGCAAGUCUACAGAACCCACGUUAGCUCUGUUAGGUGAAGCUGACACUAUGCCACUGGCAAGUCUACAGAACCCACGUUAGCUCUGUUAGGUGAAGCUGACACUAUGCCACUGC